AGAGAUGAUUGACAGUCAGCUGAUGGGGGAGUUUGAGGAAGACCUGAAAGAGCUGGAAGCAGACUCCUGGAGCAACGUUAUGGACAGCAACUUCCUCAAACAUCUGAAGAAGGACGUCAUCAAGAGACAGGAGGUCAUCUACGAGUUGAUGCAGACAGAGAUGCACCACGUGAGGACCCUGCUGAUCAUGAUGGAGGUGUACAGUAAGGGUCUUGUGAAGGAGCUGCAGCUGGAACCUCAGACAGUAGACAGGCUGUUCCCUGCCCUGGGGGAGCUCCUGGACCUCCACACCUCCUUCCUGACACGUCUCAUGGAGAGGAAGAGAGAGAGCCAGCUGGAGGGGGAGGACAGAGGAUUCAUCAUCAACAAGAUAGGAGACAUCCUGGAGACACAGUUCUCAGGGACCAAAGCAGCGAUUAUGAAGAGAGUUUACGGGAAGUUCUGCAGCCGCCACAACGAGUCAAACAUCUACAAGGAGCUGCACUCCAAAGACAAACGCUUCCAGGCCUUCAUCAGGAAGAAGAUGAGAAGCAGUAUCGUCCGGAGGCUAGGUAUCCCAGAAUGCAUUCUGUUAGUCACCCAGAGGAUCACCAAGUACCCCGUCCUGAUGCAGAGAAUACUACAUCACACCAAAGAGAAUGAGGAAGACCAUGGGGACCUGAGUGAUGCUCUAUACAAGGUCAAGGAGGUCAUCACUGCAGUGGACAGCAAGGUGAACGAGCAUGAGAAGAAGAGGAGGCUGAAGGACAUCUACAGCCGAACAGACAGCAAGUCCAUAAUGAGGAUGAAGAGCGGUCAGAUGUUUGCUAGAGAGGACCUGCAGAGGAGAAGAUUGCUGUAUGAUGGACCUCUGCAGCUGAAGAACUCACAGGGGAAACUCAAGGAUGUAACGGCCAUCCUUCUCUCUGAUAUUGUCGUCUUCCUACAGGAGAAAGACCAAAAAUUCGUCUUUGCCUCUCUGGACCAGCGCUCCACGGUCCUCUCCCUCCAGAAGCUGAUCGUUAGAGAGGUGGCUAACGAGGAGAAGGGUCUCUUCCUGAUAACAGCAGGGACGGAGAAACCAGAGAUGGUGGAGGUACACACUGCAACCAAGGAGGAACGCAACACCUGGAUGCAAAUCAUACAGGAGGCCAUGCAGUCCAUAGAGAAAGAUGAGGAUGAGGAGAACCCCAGUGAAACAGAGGAGGACAAGAGACUGCUGGAGACCAAAGCUAAGGAGAUGAGAGAGAUGCUGAGGAAGAAGGAUGAGCAGAUCAUGUGUAUGCUGGAGGAGAAGAUGGCCGUGUUUAGGGAGAUGUGUGAGGUCCGGAGCCCUGGAACCCCCAGGAACAGGCCCAGGGAGGACCAGGGCCCCAGCCACGUCACCAGGGCCAAGGGGCUGUUCAGGGCUGGGAGUGGAGCGGGCUCUGAGGACAUACCUAAAGGAGAACCCAUCAUAAAGGGAGCACUACAGGAAGUGGAGACGUUGCAGGCGCUGGUGAACGGUACUCUGGGAGGAGCGAUGGGGGCAGCAGUGGUGGGCCCGGGCCCUGUAUGUCUCCUUCGCAGGGCCGAGACCUUCGGAGGCUUUGACUCUCAGCAGAUACACAUCUCUAAGAAUGGGGACAAAGAAGAGGGAGAGGACAGAGCAGACCUUCGCAGGACAGAGUCAGACGGUGUACUGAAGAAGGGGGAGAAUGCGACCAUGAUGCUGUUACUGAAGAGGAACACUGAGCAGGUCCUCCACAGUGUGAGCCACAUCCAUGACCUGCUCAGCACCCUGCAGGCAGUGGUAAUCCAGCAGGACAGCUUCAUUGAGGAUCAGCGCCAGGCUCUCACCAACCGCCCCGAACGCCUCACCUCCUUCUUCUCCUCCCGUCCCUCCUCCCGCCACAACUCCCUGAUCGAGCAGGAGAAACAGCGCAGCCUGGAGAAACACAGGCAGGAGACGGCCGCGCUGCAGCGCCAGCAGGCCACACACGACCAGGAGAAGAGGAGGAGGGAGAGGGAGUGGGAGGUGCGGGAGCAGCAGCUGACAGACAGGGAGGUGCAGCUCCUGGUACAGGAAGAGGAGACGGGGAGGAGGAGCAGGGAGCUCGUUACGGAGAGGGUGGAGCUACAAAGGAAGAAGAAGGACUAUCUGAUAGAUCUAGAGCGACUGAGAGACGCUCAGGGGAAACUAGAUCGACACAGAGAAAACAUUCACCGAGAAAUGGAGAGGGUAGAACACAUGAGAAUGGCUAAGAGGUGGAUACAGAGAACUCCCUCUUCUACCUCGGACGACUCCCCCCACUUCCCCUCCUCUACCUCCCUGGACAAAGAUCCAAUGGACCCGACUGAGCUCUCCUCCUCUCCCAGGAAAGAAUCCCUGACCUCGUCAAAAGGGAAGAGCCUAAGCCCUUUCUCUGAGGCCCCGGCCCUAAAGGCCCCUAGUGGAGACAGUCAGAACCAGAUACCUAACAGACUGCUGCAACUGGCUAAAGACAGGAGCAAGAACAAGAAGGACAAGAAGAAGAAGGAACAGGGUGAACAGUCACCAGAAACCCAGCACAUAGAGCCUCCUAUAGAUGGAGAGAUCUACUUCUGCUGAGGAGACCCCUCUUCAUCUCCUCCGAUGUCAAUGCAACAUCCCUCUCACCAGCUGAAUGGAAGGCCAAGUUGCCAAAGUGCCCCCAUCGUCAAACCCUCUAAGUCCUCACAAACACUCCCAACUGACACACAAUAGGAAGUGGAAGGUCUCUCAUCAUCUGAGUCAUAAGCUCCAGCUGCAAUGUUCUGUCUCAGUGCUCACUACAGAUUGGCUCCUGACUGUCACCUGCUAAAAAUAUAUAACAAUAAGGAAACUGUUUCUAUGUUAGAUACUGUAGGUUAAAGAGUGUCUAUAACAAUAAGGAAACUGUUUCUAUGCUAGAUACUGUAGGUUAGACUGUCUAUAACAAUAAGGAAACUGUUUCUAUGUUAGAUACUGUAGGUUAAAGAUUGUCUAUAACAAUAAGGAAACUGUUUCUAUGUUAGACACUGUAGGUUAAAGAUAGUCUAUAACAAUAAGGAAACUGUUUCUAUGCUAGAUACUGUGCUCCCGAUGUGCUUGACAUGUUGCAAUAAUCCCAAUACAUUUUACAUAUUGAUCACAUGAAUAAUAUUUUCUGGUGCAUGUCCAAGAUCGAUAAUCAAUAUGUUGUUUAUACAGGUCAGUCUACACAAUAUUGAUACUAUAUAGUCCCAUAAGAACUGGAGAAAACUCAAAGACCGAUGUCAGUUGAUCGUUGUUGUGGUUCAAUGUUUAAAGAGCCACUUUGUUACUAAUAGCUGAAGAACCAGAGAACACAUAUGGAAUCAUGUUGUAACCAAAAAUACGUUACAUUUACAUUUACAUUUAAGUCAUUUAGCAGACGCUCUUAUCCAGAGCGACUUACAAAUUGGUGCAUUCACCUUAU